AAUAUUCAUUUCUUUAUUAAGAAAUGUUCACAUAUCAAUGAGGGGCGAAGCAUGUCGCGGCUUUCUCUGACCCGGUCCCCGGUCUCCCCGCUGGCCGCCCAGGGUAUCCCUCUGCCGGCGCAGCUCACCAAAGCUAAUGCGCCCGUGCACAUCGACGUGGGCGGGCACAUGUACACCAGCAGCUUGGCCACGCUUACCAAGUACCCCGACUCAAGAAUAAGUCGGCUGUUCAACGGCACGGAGCCCAUCGUGCUGGACAGCUUGAAGCAGCACUACUUUAUAGAUCGCGACGGCGAGAUAUUCCGCUACAUCCUAAGCUUCCUCAGGACGAGCAAGUUGCUGCUUCCCGAAGACUUCAAGGACUUCCAACUGCUGUACGAGGAGGCGCGCUAUUACCAGCUGACACCCAUGAUCAAGGAGCUAGAGCGCUGGAAACAGGAUCGCGAGCAACGGCGCAUGGCACAGCCCUGCGACUGCCUGGUGGUGCGCGUCAAGCCAGACCUGGGCGAACUGAUCGCCCUGAGCGGCGAGAAGGUUCUCAUCGAGGAGAUCUUCCCUGAGACGGGAGACGUCAUGUGCAACUCCAUCAAUGCCGGUUGGAACCAGGACCCCACCCACGUUAUCCGCUUCCCCUUUAACGGCUACUGCAGGCUUAACUCCGUCCAGGUUCUGGAGCGUCUCUUCCAAAAAGGCUUCAGCGUGGCGGCGUCCUGCGGCGGCGGCGUGGACUCGUCGCAGUUCAGCGAGUACGUGUUGUGCCGCGAGGACCGGCGGAGCCUCUCCAUCAACACGCCCAUCAGGAUAAAACAGGAACCUCUGGACUAA